AUGGUGGCAACGUUCAAGAUCGCCGUGCUGGGAGCCCAGGGCGUGGGCAAGAGUGCCAUAGUCCGGCAGUUCCUCUACAACGAGUUCAGCGAGGUCUGCGUGCCCACCACGGCCCGCCGUGUCUACCUGCCCGCCGUCGUCAUGAACGGCCACGUCCACGACCUGCAGAUCAUGGACUUCCCCCCCAUCACUGCCUUCCCCGUCAACACCCUGCAGGAGUGGGCGGACGUGUGUUGCAGGGGGCUCCGGAGCGUCCAUGCCUACAUCCUGGUCUAUGACAUCUGUUGCUUUGACAGCUUCGAGUACAUCAAAACCAUCCGCCAGCAGAUCCUGGAAACGAGGGUCAUCGGCACUUCGGAGACGCCCAUCAUCAUCGUGGGCAACAAGCGGGACCUGCAGCGGGGCCGGGUGAUCCCGCGCUGGAACGUCUCCAACCUGGUGAAGAAGACGUGGAAGUGCGGCUACAUCGAGUGCUCGGCCAAGUACAACUGGCACAUCCUGCUGCUCUUCAGCGAGCUCCUGAAGAGCGUGGGCUGCGCCCGCUGCAAGCACGUCCACACCACCAUCCGAUUCCAGGGCGCCCUGCGCAGGAAC